AAUGCGCCUGGCACUCCUUGUACUAGCCACAAUCGGCUAUGCAGUUGCCGAUCUGUUCACCUCGAUUGCCGACAUGCAAAACCUUCUGGAAACUGAAAGAAAUAUUCCGAAAAUCCUUGACAAAUACAUUCACGACGAGGAAGAGCGACUGGUUCAGCUGAAGAAGCUGUCGGAGGAGUACUCGAAGAAAAAUGAGAUUUCGAUUGAAAAUGGGCUCAAGGAUAUUACGAAUCCGAUCAAUGCGUUUUUAUUGAUCAAGAGAAAGAUCUUUGACUGGAAGGAGAUCGAGUCGAAAAUGAACGCAAAUAAGGCUGGAAACGUGGUCUCUUCAAUCACAGAUGACAGUUAUGGAGUACGGUACCCAACAGCCGAUGACUUGAGUGGAGCAGCUAUUGGGCUCCUCCGUCUUCAAGACACUUACCGCCUCGACACCAAGGAUCUUGCCGAUGGAAAGAUUUACGCGGAUCAGGGAAAUUACACAUUUUCCGCAAAGGACUGUUUUGAAAUUGCCCGUGCUGCUUACAAUGAGCACGACUUCUACCACACUGUGAUGUGGAUGGAGGAGGCGCAGAGAAGACUCGGCGACGAGGUGGAGCCAACUGUGGAGGUGGAAGAUAUUCUCGAAUACCUGGCGUUUGCACUGUACAAGCAGAACAACUUGAAGCACGCUCUAAAGCUUACAGAGGAGCUCUACAAAAUGAACCCAACUCACCCACGCGCCAAAGGAAAUGUCAAAUGGUACGAGGACCUUCUCGAGCAAGAAGGCGUCCGUAGAAGUGACAUGCGCAAGAACCUCCCACCAAUCCAAAACCGCCGUCCCGACUCUGUCCUAGGAAACACUGAACGAACAAUGUACGAGGCUCUGUGCAGAAAUGAGGUUCCAGUGUCCCAGAAGGACAUCUCCCGUCUCUACUGCUACUACAAGCGGGACCGUCCGUUCCUUGUCUACGCUCCGAUUAAGGUGGAAAUUAAGAGAUUCAACCCACUAGCCGUGCUCUUCAAGGACGUGAUCUCCGACGAUGAGGUGGCCGCGAUUCAGGAGCUCGCGAAGCCAAAACUCGCAAGAGCCACAGUCCACGACUCGGUGACCGGAAAGCUUGUCACAGCGACUUACCGUAUCUCUAAAAGCGCGUGGCUUAAGGAGUGGGAGGGUGAUGUUGUGGAGACCGUUAACAAGCGAAUCGGAUAUAUGACAAAUUUGGAGAUGGAGACCGCUGAGGAGCUGCAGAUUGCGAAUUAUGGAAUCGGAGGACAUUAUGACCCGCAUUUCGAUCAUGCCAAGAAGGAGGAGUCGAAGAGUUUUGAGAGCUUGGGAACUGGAAAUCGUAUUGCCACUGUGUUGUUCUAUAUGAGCCAACCAUCUCACGGAGGAGGUACCGUCUUCACUGAGGCCAAGUCUACAAUUCUGCCCACCAAGAAUGAUGCUCUCUUCUGGUAUAACUUGUACAAACAAGGAGACGGAAACCCAGACACCCGUCACGCCGCCUGUCCCGUUCUUGUCGGAAUCAAAUGGGUAUCCAACAAAUGGAUCCACGAGAAGGGCAACGAGUUCCGUCGUCCAUGCGGCUUGAAAUCCUCAGACUACGAAAGAUUCGUCGGCGACCUCGGAUACGGCCCAGAGCCAAGAAAUGCUCCAAACGUGUCCCCAAAUCUUGCCAAAGACGUCUGGGAGACCCUCUAAGCAUUGGUUUUCAUUGUUUUCUGUUUUUUUUCUUUGUGCCGCAUAAUUUAUCCCCACACACUACCGGGUGGUUUCUUACAUGUUUUCUCUUUUUUCUCUUGUUGCCUUCGAUGAAGUUGUCUGCCUUUUUCUUUGCCGUGAAUAAAUUAUUUUUUACUU